AUGCCCGAAGUUACCGAGGCAUCCGACACUUCUGAGACAAAGAAGAGCAAGCGUGAGCGUCUGGGCGAGUACCUGAACGAUGAAUGGGACAAGGGGAAGGAAAAGUCCAGGGAGGGGUUGCUAAAGGGAUGGGAAAUAGGUAAGGAGAGAGGCAAGGCUGAGUGGGUGAAGGGCAAGACUGCGCUGCAACACGCUGUUGGCCUCGGUGCUGUUCCCAACGUCAUCCCACCAGGCGAGGCUCGUCUCGAUGGAGAGCGUCGCAUGGUCGAGAUAGGAUGGCAUCCUGUCGCUGGAAUGGGUGGGAAGUGGCUCGCCGAGCAAUCUGGUCUCGGGAAAAUGAUCACCAAGAAUAUCGGCACCUAUCCCGACCCGACGCAGCACUGGGCUGUCCUGGUAGGCGGUUUUGUGCAUCAACUGUGGAUGGACGAGGAACUUGACGUCAUCUACAACAAUGAGGUACUUGUUAGAGAUCAGUGGCGUACCUUCGAGGUUGGAGAAACGAGGUUCACAGAUGAAGCGCUGAGGCAGGCAGCUGUAAUGACCAUUUACAAGAUGCGGCAAGAGCGAGCUGCAUAUAAUAUCAUCAGCAAUAAUUGUCAAAACUUCGCUGUCCGACUUCUCGACGCCAUUCAGGUCGGAGCUCAUCACCAGUUCGCAACGAGUUUUGCUGUUUAUCAAGCUGCUACCGGAGAUGGGACUAUCAAGGACCUCUUUGUCGAUGCCCAUCCUGAAGAGCAGAAGAUUGAUCCUGCUGAACCUGGGAUCCAGCGAACUGAUACAGUGCAAAACGCGCAACACGUGAUGGAUGAGAAUACAACGAAAUUGGACAAUCAUAGAUGGAAUGGUUGGUUCAAGAGGGGAAACUCAAAUUCCUAA